GAAACGUUGACACAAGGUAGUUGAUCGUUGCUUGGUAGGAUACGGUCCAUGAAAUCACGUGUAUUAAAGUCUACGUGGGAUGUUGGGCGCUAUCACCCCCACGCAGCCCCACGAGUACACCGAAAUGUUCCGGUUAGCCGACUACUUUGUUGUGGUCGGCUACGACCACGAAAAAGAGAGAGGUGGUAUAAGUAAUGGAAUCAUUUUACAAAGGUUUCCAGAAAAGGAUUGGCCUGAUACACCAUUUAUCGAAGGAAUAGAAUGGUUUUGUCAACCACAAGGAUGGGCUUUAUCUACAGAAAGACAAGAACCACGGUUUUUUGUAUCUAUAUUAACUGACAUUGAUGCAAAUCGUCAUUACUGUGCUUGUAUGUGUUUUAACGAAACUGUUUCAAUUAUGCCAAGUAAACCUGUAGAUGAAGAAGAAGAUCCAGUAGAUGGUGAUAGUCGUUCUUUGGUUAGAACAAUACCUGCAAUUGCACAUCACAGCAUUAUGUAUGCACCUAAAUGUCUGGUGCUGGUCUCCAGACUUGACUACAUCGAAACUUUUAGAAAUUGCCUCGGUAUUAUAUAUACUGUGUAUGUAGAAAAUUUUGGUAUACCAUUAGAAACUCUGGUAGGAAACAUAUUAGGUUGUAUACAAGUACCACCUGCUGGUGGACCACAAGUACGAUUUAGCAUUGGUGCAGGCGAUCGUCAAGCGCUUCAACCUCCAAUUAGUCCCUCUCUUCCAAUAACUCAUAGUAGUGUUAAUCUUUUAUUUCAACAACUAGGUAUUCGUAAUGUGUUAGUAUUAUUCUGUGCUGUUAUGACAGAACAUAAAAUACUUUUUCAUUCUGCAAGUUAUUCACGAUUGACUGAAGGAUGUCGUGCUCUUACCGCGUUAAUGUAUCCAUUUAGAUACACGCAUGUUUACAUUCCUCUUCUACCAGCAGCUUUAGUGGAAGUACUCAGUACACCUACUCCAUUCAUUAUGGGUGUGCACAGUUCACUAAAGCAUGAAGUUGCAGAACUUAUGGAUGUAAUAGUGGCUGAUUUAGAUGGAGGUUCUAUCAUGGUUCCAGAUGGAGUUUCGCUUCCAUUACUUCCAGAACCACUUCUUUCACAGACACAGGAUGCAUUGUCUUUAGUAUUACAGCCAGAAUUAUCCUGUGCAGAUUAUGCUUUUCCACCACUUGCAACAAGAGCUCCUCAUUCUCCUAUGCUAGAUAAGGAAUUAAGAGCAGUUUUUAUGAGAACUUUUGCUCAGUUAUUGCAAGGCUACAGAAGUUGUCUGACACUGAUAAGAAUUCAUCCAAAACCUGUUAUAACAUUUCAUAAGGCAGCUUUCUUAGGGGAACGAGGCUUAACUGAUUGUGACUUUACGACUAGAGUUUUGGAUUGUAUGUUUUUUACUUCCUUCAUCGUGGAAAGGGGACCACCGUGGAGGCCGUGCGAUGUAUGGGACGAAUUGUAUAGCAAUUUAAGCGACCAACUGAAACAAGAAGCACAAGACCACAGACGUAUCUUAACGCAUAUUCAAGAAUUAGCACAACAAUUGUACACAAAUGAGAAUCCAAAUCCUCAACCAUACGUACAAAAAAUUUUGAAACCACCCGAAGGAGCGUUUGCUAGAAUACAUCAGCCACUUCUGCCACGUAUUAAUCCAGAGCAAGUUCAAGCAAUUAUAGAUGAAGGUCUUGCCAAAAAUAGUGUCAAAGUUAGAUUAUCAUCAUUAAGACCGUCACAGCCUCGUAUUGUACCUAUGGGUCCACAUAUUUCAUUUGUCCAUGACACUAGGCAAUUGGUUAGCAAUUCUGCGCGUAGGCUCGAGGUUCUACGUAACUGUAUAAAUUGUAUAUUUGAAAAUAAAAUAUCGGAUGCUCGUAAAACCUUUCCAGCCGUACUAAGAGCAUUGAAGAGCAAAGCUGCUCGUUUAGCACUGUGCAUGGAACUAUCACAGCAUGUUGUUGGAAAUAAAGCCAUGUUAGAACAUCAACAAUUCGAUCUUGUAGUUCGAUUAAUGAACUGUGCAUUGCAAGAUGAUUCGUCCAUGGAUGAACAUGGAGUUGCUGCAGCACUUCUUCCUCUUGCAACAGCAUUUUGCAGAAAACUUUGCACAGGAGUUAUUCAGUUCGCUUAUACUUGUAUCCAAGAACACCCCGUAUGGCAGAAUCAACAGUUUUGGGAAGAUGCUUUUUAUUUGGAUGUACAAAAAGACAUUAAAAGAUUAUAUCUCCCCGGAGAAAAUUCUCCGCCUCGGCUUAUAAACGAUGGAAUUUUAAGUCCUAUCAGCCCACGCGAUGGUAAAGAAUUUCUAUUUCGCGACCGAUACUCCAUAUAUCAAAUUCAAGAACCAUCGGCUCUUGAAAUAGCCGCCGAACAAAUGAGGAUUUGGCCAACGAUUGAUUCAGAAAAACAAAAGGAACUUAUCGCAAGUGAAGAAAGUACUAUGUACAGUCAAGCAAUUCACUAUGCAAAUAGAAUGGUUUAUUUAUUGGUUCCAUUAGAUAUAGGAGCGAAAACGCAUCGGCAGGACAACGUUUAUGAUGAUGAAAGAGCAAGUAAUAGUAUUACAAAUAGCGUAGCAAGCGAUAGUGGUGAUGCAGAGUCAGGAUUUGAAGAAAACGAUCCCGGGGAAACCGGCAGCGCCGUUAUUCGAAUGGUUUCACGAUUCGUAGAUCGUGUUUGUACCGAAGGAGGUGUGAGUACCGAACACGUUAGAUGUCUACACCAAAUGGUUCCAGGUGUUGUUCACAUGCAUAUUGAAACUCUUGAGGCUGUACAUAGAGAAAGCAAGAGAUUACCUCCAAUACAGAAGCCUAAGAUUUUGACACCUAAUAUGUUACCUGGUGAAGAAGUUAUUAUGGAUGGUUUACGGGUUUAUCUUCUACCAGAUGGAAGAGAAGAAAGUCCUGGAGGAUUGCCAAAGAUACCACCACUCUUGCCAGCAGAAGGAGCUAUAUUCCUUACUAAUUACAGAAUCGUAUUUAAAGGAAUACCUUGCGAUCCAUUUGCUUGUGAACAAUUAGUAGUUCGAGCCUUCCCUGUAACAUCUUUAACUAAAGAGAAACGAGUUGCUGUACAACAUUUAGCACAUUUGGAUCAGUGUUUACAAGAAGGCCUUCAAUUACGUUCUUGUACCUUUCAAUUAAUAAAAUUAGCAUUUGACGAAGAAGUUACUCCCGAAAAUAUUGAAACUUUACGAAAACUAGUUCACAAAGCUCGAUAUCCACCACAUAUCUUCCAUCAUUUUGCUUUUAACGGUCAAGUAUUAGUCACACAACCAGCUCACCACAAAGGAAAGGAAAAAAAUGCUACUCUUAAGGGAUUUGCUAAGAAAACGCUAUUAAAAACUGCUCGUAAGGCCGGUUUUAAACCAAAACAGUCGUCUAAAAGACAGAAAUAUGUCUUGCCAAAUAUGAAUAUUAUUACUAACAAUAAGUACAUGACAUCACCUGGCCGAAUGAGUUUGCCAGUAACAGAUAAUAAUGAUUUAAGUCACGAUGAUGAUCUUAGUGUAGAUGAUUUUGAAAUUCCUGGCAUUGUAACCCAACCACCAACCGAUGCAAAAACUUUAGAACGAUUAUCCGAACGUAGUUAUGUUAGAGACUGGUAUCGUUUGGGAUUAUAUUCAAAUGGUCCACACAGUAAUCGUAGGAAUGAACCGUUUCGACUGUCUUCGGUGAAUUGUGCCUAUAUGACUUGCAAAAGCUACCCUGCACUUCUUAUAGUUCCCUCAUCGGUGUCGGAUGAAAGUAUUCGACGAUUUUGUCGACUUUAUAGACAUAACAGAUUACCCGUAGUUACUUGGAGACAUCUAAGAACAAAGGCACUUCUCAUUAGAGGAGCAGGUUAUCAUGGGAAAGGUGUGAUGGGAAUGUUAAAAGCUCACCCGACGUCUGCUGGUAAUUUAAAAGCAACAUCAUCAGAAACAACGUCAUCCCUAGAACAAGAAAAAUAUAUUAUGGCUCUAGUGUCUGCGACACCAUUAUCCGCAUUGAGGCAAGGUUCUGCAUGGGGAAUGUCUGACAGUUCUCUCAGUAUUGAUUCUCUAUUACUAGCUGCUGAAGAUCGUAAUGCUACGCCUGAGCAAUCGCGACGAAAUCCAUUUAACAAAGCGAUUGGAACAUUGAGUUCAUCAGGUGGCAAGGGCCCUAAAAAUUUUGGACGCUGGGGUUCAUUGAAAGAUAAAAGGCAAAAUUCUCAAGCCUCCUUAACUUCAGUUCACCAACGUGGAACCGUGAGACAUUCUGCAGACUCGGAUAGUGGUACAGAAUGCGUUCAUACUUUCCAACGUGCUGCAUUAUACAUUCUUGGUGAAAAAGCGCACAUGAAAGGAGUUAAAGCGGAAUCAGCUCCAAAAACAGACUUCAUUCCAGUGGAAUAUUUCGACGUAAGGCAUACUAAAGCUGCAUUUAAAAAACUUAUGCGAGCCUGUGUUCCUAGCUCUCCAAACAUAGAACCAGAUCAAAGUUUCUACAAGUUAAUCGAAAGUUCAGAAUGGUUACAACAACUUCAAAAUUUAAUGCAAUUAGCCGGAGCCGUUAUAGACUUAAUGGAUGUACAGGGCUCAUCGGUAGCUGUUUGUUUAGAGGAAGGGUGGGACACUACUGCAACAGUUUGUUCUGUUGCUCAAGUAUGUCUUGAUCCACAUUAUAGAACUAUCGAUGGCUUCCGAACCUUGAUUGAGAAAGAAUGGCUUGGCUUUGGUCAUAGAUUCGGACAUAGAAGCAAUCUCGCCGCAAAUUCUCAAACUACAAACUUCACUCCCACGUUCCUGCAAUUUCUCGAUAUAGUACAUCAAAUUCAGAAUCAAUUCCCCUUAGCGUUUGAAUUUAAUGAAUAUUACUUAAAAUUCUUGGCAUAUCAUUCGGUUUCUUGUCGGUUUCGUACAUUUUUGUUAGACUGUGAAUUCGAUAGAAUGGAAUGUGGCAUUACUGCUGUUGAAGACAAAAGAGGAUCGUUAACAAGUCAUCACAAAGGUGUAGACACAGGUAGCGACGAUGAAACGAUUUAUCCUGGAGGUAGAUUAGCAGGGACAAAUAUAGGAUGUAAUCUUGGUCAAAGUAUAUUUGAUUAUAUUGAAAAACAACAUGCAAGAUGUCCCUUGUUUUAUAAUUUCAUGUAUACUCCUAAUACGGAGUAUACGGUGUUAAGACCUGUUUCGCACUUGCCAAGUCUUGAUAUCUGGCAGUAUUAUUUAGAAGAGGAACUGGCUCAUGGGCCUGCAUAUGAUUUAGAAGUAUUGCAACAAGAUUCACAACAAGAAGAAGAAGCAGAAGCCGCUGAUGGCGUGGUUAAAAGCAAUCGUAAAGUGGUUACCCAAGGAUAUGAUGGUGUAAGCACAAUGGUACCCGAUCAAUUUUCUCAUCUUUUAGAGGAAAUCCAUAAACUAGAAACUGAAUUAGGCCAUUUACCACAAAAAUGGAAAGUUCUUUGGGACAAACUUGAACUGCCAAAUACAGACUCACUUGCUAGACACGCAUCAUUUAGCACUGCAUUGGUCAGAUACCAUGGUCGAUUAAUUCAUAAACGUUCUACAUUAGAAUUACUUCUGAGAGGUAAACUCGCUGGUGGAAAUACAUCUGGAAAUGAUGGAUCCGUUUACGCACAUCCUCAUAGAUUUGAGAGAUUAGAUUCAGCCACGCCAACUCAUUGCGAUGCUUGUUCUGGUGUAUUAUGGGGUCCUGUAAAAGCGGGUUUGCGAUGUGUUGAUUGUGGCCAUGUGUGUCACGACAAGUGCGCUGAUGCAGUGCCAAAAAAUUGCACAAAAUAUAAAACAGUGUCCGACAAUUUACAAACACACACACUCACGCGAAGCGGUGGUGAUAAUGGGAGCGUGAACUCAAGUGUUACUACGAUACAAACUUCUUCACAAUAUUACGAACAAUUCUCUAGUAAUGUGGCGGAAAAUAGAACACACGAAGGUUACCUUUAUAAACGAGGUGCUUUGCUGAAAGGUUGGAAACAAAGAUGGUUCGUGUUAGAUUCUAUAAAACACCAGUUGAGGUAUUAUGAUGCAAUGGAGGAUUCUCAUUGUAAGGGUUAUAUAGAUCUAGCAGAAGUAGUGUCUGUAACUCCAGCUGCGCCAAUGCCAGGACCACCAAAGAAAACAGACGAUAAAUCAUUCUUUGAUCUUCGUACAAACAGGCGAACAUAUAAUUUUUGUGCCGGCGAUGCAGCAACUGCGCAAGAAUGGAUCGAAAAGGUUCAAGCGUGCUUACAAUAGCUUGAUUAUACCUCUAAUUUAAAAUGUGCAAGUGACUGAUAGAUUAAAACAGAUUUUAAUUUUGUUACAUACUAUUGUAUAGUCUAAUAGUACAUAUUAUAGACUUCAAUAAUUUUGCUUUAAAUACUUUAAAGCCAACGGUUGUUGGACUGAGAACAGUAUCAUAAAUUGAAUGUGAUGUACUCAUAUCCUUGACAUAACAUUAUUAUAUAAAUGUAUAUUGUAAUUAUAUGAUUACGUUAUAUUUGAAUUAUUUCAGCUGGAAGAUGAAAGAUUGCUACAUACUCGACUAAACGUUACAAUUUUUUAUUUUGUUUAUUAUGUUUUUAGUACGUAUACAAAUCGAGCGUAAAAUGUGUUAAAAUGUUGAAUGGACUCUCUAUUCUACGAGUUAUCGUCAUAUUAUCAUCUUAGUAUAAUUGCAGUUGUAAUAGAAUAAGUCGCGGUCUCGCUUGUUGCAAACUAAAAGCGUAAAGGAAAACUAAAUGUUUAAAAUGUUUGUUUUCUUAUUGAAUUCUCAUGUAAUAUUUGUUCGGUAAUUCUGCUGCGCUUGUCAGUAAAACUGAAAUUAAACGAAACAUUGUAUAUUGUUAAUUAUUAGUCAACAAAUUUUAUAGUUUUAGCAUUUUAUGUUUUGUCGCAGAGUACGUCAUAGAGUUCUUAUGGUUAUACUUGUUAUGAACGUAUAUCGCGUUUUGAAACAAAAUUUUUAAACUUUUGUAUGAUUUAUGUAUGCGUAACAAUCACUUUGGACAAAUAAUGUCGUUACCAUAAUUUAUUUGAUACUCUGUUAAUGUUAAGAAAAUUAAGUAAUACUCAAAAAUAAAGUAUGAAUUUUUUUACUAAUGAACUAACACAUUCAGAAGGUGUGUCAUGACUUCGGUGUGUCACUGAAACGUUCUUAGUCACCGAUGGGUCAUCGUUGUAUGCUUUUAUCUGCAUGGUAAGCAAAAUGUUUAGAAUGACAACGCAAAGAGAUACAAUGUAACAAGAUUUUUUUUUAUCAAUUUUAUUGUCUUAAAUAAAAGUAUGAUGCGCUGUUUUACAGUA